CCUCCGGUCGGCGAGGGAGCGGCUCAGCGCCGUGACGGUCGAGGCGGCCGAGGCCGGCGUGGCCGAGGCGGAGCUCCAGGCCGUAGAGCAGAGGCGCAAGAAGCUCCACAACGCCAUCGAGGACCUGAAGGGCUCGAUCCGGGUGUUCUGCCGCGUCCGCCCGCUGAGCGGGAAGGAGAGGGAGAAGGGCGACGAGCAGAUCACGAAUGCCAUCAGCGUGAUGGAGCUGGGAGUCGCGAAGCUGGACGGUGGCGAGGAGAGGUUCCACUUCGACGCCGUGUUCACUCCAGGCACCCAGGCCGAGGUCUUCGACGACUGCAAGGACCUCGUCCAGUCGGCAGUGGACGGCUACAACGUGACCAUCUUUGCUUACGGGCAGACGGGCUCCGGAAAGACGUUCACCAUGUACGGCGAGCCUGGGAAUGAGGGUGCCUGUCUCCGCGUGAUCGGGGAGCUCUUCCACAUUGUGGGGCACGGGAAGGACCGCUUCGAUUACACCAUCGAGGCCUCCAUGGUCGAGCUCUACCGCAACGACCUCCUCGACCUGCUGAGCAGCGGCAAGGCGGGCGCGAGCAGGAAAAAACUCAACAUCAAGCACGACCCGAAGUCCAACACCGUUGCCAUAGAGAAUUUGACGGCCGAAGAAUGCGCCACCCCCGAGGAACUGACCAAGGUGUUGGAGCGCGGGAAUGAGCAGCGCAAGGUUGCCGCCACGGAGAUGAACAGUGAGAGCUCCCGCUCGCACUUGAUCUUCAUGAUCAAGGUCUUGAGCAUCAACAAGGAGACACAGGAGAGGCUCCGAGGAAAGAUCCUUCUGUGCGACUUGGCCGGCUCCGAGCGUCUGAAGAAGUCUGGCGCUCUCGAGGAAGCACAGACGGAGGCGAUCGAGAUUAACAAGUCUCUGACAGCCCUUGGCGACGUCAUCUCGUCCCUCACGCAGCAGCAGAAAAAGGGGAACGUGAUUCCGUACAGGAACCACAAGUUGACGCAGCUCAUGCAAGACUCCCUUGGGGGCUCAGCCAAGACUUUAAUGUUUGUGAACUGCUCUCCCGCUAGCUCAAACAUGGACGAAACGCACAUGUCGUUGAAGUAUGCGACGCGGGCGAAGAAUAUCACGAACACCGCGGUCAAGACCAAGGGAUGAUAUCCGAGUAGUUGAGGUGUACCGCCCUGGCGGCUCAAAAAUGUUGACUGCGCUCUGGCGGAAGCUCGGUGCUAGAAUAGAGUCCCUCCCGCGCAGGGGAGGAAAGACUGCGCCCAGCCUGCCCGCCUGAGCGGGAAAA